GCGUAGCCACGCCCAAGCCCAUAAGGAAGGCAGUGCAAAAGUCGGAGAGCGGUGAAGAUUUCUGGUCGCAGAUUGGUUCGCGGGAGACGCUCUACAUGAGCAAUCGGAAGAAAGCGCUGAGCGAGCGACAACUGGAGACGACCAACGAGGCGGGCGAAUUGUCGCCGAAAGAAGCAGCAACAGCAGCAACACUAACACCAACAACGCCCACGCUAAAGUCAGCAAUUCAAAUUGAGCUCAAGCAACCAACAACAACGCCCAAAACAACAGCAACAACGAACAAAACAACAGUAACCUCAGUCAAAUCCGAGCCAGCAACACCAACAAUAACUUCUCCGAAAUCCACGCCAGCAACACCAAAGAUGACAACAACUAUACAGACCUCCACAGCGGCAAUAUCGACUAAAUCCGAACCGGCAACGACAGCAACUGCAAUAACUUCGCCCAAAUCCACGCCAGCAACACCCAAGCUAGCAAUCACGCCAGCAACAGCUAAGAUAGCAACAACAACUGUAGCUAAAACUGAGCCAGCAACAGCUGCAAUUACUGCUAAAACCGAAACGGCAACAAUCAUAAGCUCACCCAAAUCCACGCCAGCAACACCCAAACUAACAACAACAACAACAACAGGCCAAAACAAAUCAGAGCCAGCAACACCAAUAGCAAUCUCACCAAAGAGUACACCAGCAACACCAAAGACGGCAGCUGCCACAACAGCUGAAAAACUAGCAGCAACUGUUGCAAAGCCAACAAUAACAAAGACAACAGCAACAACGCCAAAAGAACAGUCUGGCAACGCUGCAAAGACAACUGUAGUCAUGACAACCGCAUCAACAACAGCAACUGCACAAACAGCAACAGCAACAGGCAAAUCAAAACUGUUCGAAACGACGACAACAACAAUAGCGAAAACUGCGGCAGCAACAACGACGGCAGCGCCAAAAAUAAAUAACGGGCAAACAGCCAAGUCACCUGAACAACAACAGGCAACGACAACAGCAGCAACAGCAGCAGCAGCAGCGGCAGCAGCAGCAGAAACGAAAAUAAAUAAAACAACGCAUAAUAAUGAGCGACAACAACAGCAGCAGCAGCAGCAACAGCAACCACCAGACAACGCAGCAGCGACGGCAGCGGCAGCAACAGAAAAAACGGCGGCAGCAACAUUUAAACAACAAACGGAAACUAAAACGAAAUUGACGGAAAUUGUUGAGCCAAAGUCAAAGGUGCAAUCACCGAAAACGACAAAGCCAAAAACAGCGACGCCAGCAGCAACAGCAGCCAAAAAGAAAGUCACAGCAGCGGCAACAACUCCGACAGCAACAGCAUUGCCAGACAGCAAUGUGACCCCAAUCAAUGCCGAUCAAUUUAUAACGUUGGCCCCCACUAAGGCGGCCAUUGCAGCGGCCACAAAUGCGUCAUCGCCGGCAACAGCAACAGCAACUGCAACAGCAGCAGCAGCAGCAACAGCAACAGCAAGUGCAACAAUUGCAGCGACGGCAGCAGCGACAACGCCUACAACAGCAGCAAUAAUCACAACAAUAGCAACAACAGCAGCAGCAACAAGCGACAAGAUACGAACUAUUGCUGCUGCAGCGACAACAGCGACUGUUGUUGCGGCUGCUGCUGCUGCUGACAGAGACGUAGACGAAGACGACAACAGCUGCGGCGAAGGCGUCGGCAAUAAUUUAUCAAAGUUUGCAACAGUAUCGAAUUUGGCACAGUGUCUGCGAGACGUUGACGCCGAGCUAGAGGACUAUAUACCCUCGUCGGCGGAAAAUAGCGAAGAUAGCGACGACGACGACAACAGUUUUGGCGAUUCCUCCAGCGCGAACGGUUGUGCCACCAAUCUUAGUGCCAGCAUGAAGAAGAAACAGCGCAAGGAGAAGAAGAAAUUGAAACAGGCUAAAGAUGCCGCAACGCCAGCACGUUUUGAUCCGCAGAAGAAAAUCAAAAUCGAUACGACUAGCAAAUGUUAUGUGAAAGAGGAGGCGCCACGUUAUCCACUGGUUGCCACACCGCGUCCACUGUGGAAGCGUGAGAAGAUCGUCUAUUCCGAUGAGAAUACGGAUGAUGAGAGCAGCUCCGAGGGCAGCAGCGAGGCGACUGGCGGCUCCAUCGAUGACGAUAGCGAUGAUGAUGAUAGCGAUGCUUGCACCAGCAACAGCUCCAGUUCCGAGGAGUUUGACGAUGAGGCAACUGCUGCUGCUGUUGCCAGCAAACAGCCGCAUGUUGCCGCCGUCGCAACAGCAACAGCAACAGCUACAAGUCAAGUCUCCACUUUAACGGCUUGCACUUCCGGUUCGGCUUCCACCUCAGUGUCUGCGUCGAGUUCACCUUCGAUUAUACGGAUGAGCACGUGCAGCAAUGAUUCCGGCUUCGAGGGCGGCACAGCACCGUCCAGUCCCAAAAAGAUGUUGGAAACAUCAUAUACAUAUUCACAAUUCCAAAAAUCCGGACGUUUUACGGCGCCAGCAACAGUAAUACCUAGAUUUAAGAAUUAUUCGGUAGAUGAUUUUCAUUUUCUGGCUGUCCUUGGCAAAGGAAGUUUCGGCAAGGUACUGCUGGCUGAGUUACGUGAUACAACAUAUUAUUAUGCCAUCAAGUGCCUGAAGAAGGAUGUUGUGCUGGAGGACGAUGACGUCGAUUCAACGUUAAUUGAGCGCAAAGUUUUGGCCCUGGGCACAAAGCAUCCAUAUCUAUGCCAUCUGUUUUGCACAUUUCAAACAGAGAGCCAUUUGUUCUUUGUGAUGGAGUAUCUAAAUGGCGGAGAUCUCAUGUUCCAUAUACAGGAGAGCGGACGAUUUUCAGAAGAACGUGCGCGUUUCUACGGUGCCGAAAUCAUAUCCGGGCUCAAGUUCUUACACAAAAAGGGCAUUAUCUAUAGGGAUCUCAAAUUGGACAAUGUAUUGCUGGACUAUGAGGGUCAUGUGCGUAUUGCCGAUUUUGGUAUGUGCAAAUUGCAAAUAUAUUUGGAUAAGACCGCCGAUAGUUUUUGCGGCACACCCGAUUACAUGGCGCCCGAAAUCAUCAAGGGUGAAAAAUACAAUCAAAAUGUGGAUUGGUGGUCAUUUGGUGUGCUGCUCUACGAAAUGCUAAUCGGACAAUCUCCAUUUAGUGGCUGCGAUGAGGACGAACUCUUCUGGUCGAUAUGCAAUGAAAUUCCAUGGUUUCCCGUCUAUAUAUCAGCCGAGGCAACGGGCAUACUCAAGGGGCUGCUGGACAAGGAUUAUACGAAACGCAUUGGCUCGCAAUAUAGUCCAGCUGGCGAUAUAGCCGAUCAUAUAUUCUUCAGGCCCAUCGAUUGGAAACUACUGGAGAAACGUCAAAUUGAGCCGCCCUUCAAGCCACAAGUGAAACAUCCAUUGGAUACGCAAUAUUUCGAUCGAGUAUUUACCCGAGAGCGUGUUCGUCUCACGCCCAUCGAUAAGGAGAUUCUUGCAUCCAUGGAUCAGAAACAGUUCCAUGGAUUUACCUAUACAAAUCCGCACAUUACUUUGGACUAGAAUGUCGCAUGGAACUAAUGGCAAUGUGCUGGGCAUAUAGCAUAUAUAGUUAACUAUAUACUAAAACUAUACUACAUACUAUAUAUAAUCCUAAUCCAAAGAAUUACUUCAUAGAGCAACAGUAUUUGUAUAUGUAUGUAUAUAUAUUCUAUUAUUAUUAUUAUUACUAUAAUGUUUCUGUCUAAGUGUAUGAGUUGGAAAAACUCGAGAUUUAUUUAUUUAUAAGGCUUACUUAUGUGUCAAAUUGUUCAUAUUCAUAGCCAAGUAAAUCUCAGCCAAAUCUCAUACUCGAUUCUACAAAUAUAUGGAAGAGACUUUGAUUGUUGAAAGUUGAAAGUUGAAUAACUUUUGGCUGUUGCAAUUACAAAGCUAUGAAUACGUUUAUAAUGCUAGUCAGCUUAGUAAUACUCGAUAAAUCUAUAAGAUAAGCAUAUAUCUCUGUACAUAUAUUACAUAAAUACGUAAUUUUUUUUUUUUUGCAAUUUGGUACAAUUUAGUUGUACAAGCUCUAUACCAAAGUUGUAUGUACUCGAAUGUAUGUGCUACAUUAUGCUAGAAUAAAAUGGAACAAAAAUCUAAA